AUGACUUGUGCAUCCUCUUCAAUGGCAGUGGAAUCAUAUGCGGAGGCUUUCUCCUCCUCCGCCGCAACUCCCAGCGAGGACACUACACUCUUGCGAGAUCGCCGGCGGAGACAUUCCUACCAUGCCCCGAGGAAGCUCUCCUGUGACUACCAGGAUUCGGAUACCGUUUUCAUUCGGGUCGAGCUAUUCCUUGCCGAACUCGAGCGGCGAAUGCAAUGGAUCGAACAAUAUCGGAAAUCACAGGUAGUUCAGAUCGACGCCAGCCUCCGACGAGGUUAUGCUACUCUCGAGGCUGUGAGAGAUCAGUGCUCCCUUGCGUCGGGGGAACUCAUGGGGUGUGGCAGGAAGCAGGCUAAGAUCUUGGUGGAGACUUUGGAAGACCGGUACAACGAGGCCUUGGUGACUAAGGAAACUCUGGAGCAAAAGGCUCAAGCUGGGGUCCGCCUGAUGGAGUCAUUCUUAUCCGAAAUGGAAAACCGAGCCCAUGCGGUCCGUGAUCGCGGUAUUUAUGGGACAUUGGAUGAUGGCUGGAAGGUCAUGGACUCAAAGCUCGUCCAUGCCCGUGAGGUGGUGGAUGAAGGGAUGGGCCGUGCUCGCCGAGCCCGUGAUGCCCUGCGAGAAAACAUUGACCAGGCUAUUCGCCUUGCCCAAGAGAAGCGAUUGAUUACCUAUUACGAUCUCCCAGAUCCAUGGCGUGUGAACCCCCAUAUCCUCCAUGGUUAUCGAUUCACCACCUCCAAGGUCGAAUGUGUUUCAUCUGUGUUCACAUUCUCCAAUGAAUUGGUCAAUAUCUGGUCUCAUAUUAUUGGCCUAAUUGUGGUUCUCUCGAUUGCCUUCUACUUCUAUCCGCUGCACACCAACUUCCAUCUGAGCUCCAAGGCGGACAUUAUGAUUGCUGCCGUCUUUUUCUUUGCUGCAUGCAAGUGCCUGGUCUGCAGUACCAUGUGGCACACCAUGAACAGUAUUGCGUCUCAAACCCUGAUGGAGCGAUUUGCCUGUGUUGAUUACACAGGAAUUUCCCUGCUGGUGGCUGCGUCGAUCGUGACCACUGAAUAUACGGCUUUCUAUUGCGAACCUGUCUCCAGGUGGACAUACAUUCUUCUCACCAUGUCGCUGGGUAUUGGUGGCAUCAUUCUUCCCUGGCAUCCGACGUUCAAUCGUCAUGAUAUGGCUUGGGCCCGGGUUGCAUUCUUUGUUACCCUUGCUCUUACAGGAUUUGCCCCGCUUGCCCAGCUCUCUUAUACCCGGGGCCUGGAGUGGUGCAUGUACUUCUAUGCGCCUGUCGUCAAGAGCAUCAUGGUUUAUUUUCUCGGCGCCUGUGUGUAUGCCUCCAAAGUCCCCGAGCGCUGGAAGCCGGGUUUCUUUGAUUACGUUGGUGGUAGUCACAACAUUUGGCAUCUUGCUGUGCUAGGUGGCAUUUUGUUUCACUAUUGCGCCAUGCAAGAUCUCUUUGCAGGAGCCUUUGUACGUGCACAGGGAGAGUGCCCCAACCUGACGUCGUGA